CGUUAUACCUGUCGACCUACAAUAUAUGUGAGAGGGGGGAUGUCGAACAUGCACCCCAAGACUAAUGAUUUGCCUACCAUAGUGUGCGCCCGCCAGUCACUGCGCCAAGACGUCCGAGAUAUAGUUCAGCCACAGACGGUGCAGACAUCAAACUGUGAGACUUUGACCUCGAGCCGUGUCAGAUCUGGGAGGCCUCUUGUCGCGACAACGACGCCGCCACUGAUCCUGCACAAAGUGAUCAUCAAAAGUGGGUUGCUCCUCACAUUAUGGAAGGUGACUCAAAAGCAGUGAGUUCCAACAUGCCUUGUAAUAUGAGACACCCGUCUUUACGCGCAACCGAUCCCAUGUG